CCGUGACCUAGCGGAGGGCGAGACAGUCGAUGGUGGCAGACUCGCAGUGAGCAAGAGACACCGGUGAGUGGCAGCCAUGAUGAUCGCCAGGGGUGUCGGGAAGUGCUGGGCCAGGCUGCCCUACCACUCCAACCACCAGAUCCUUCGUUGCUCUGCGAGAUGUGUUUCCACUUGGAAGGUGCAUAUGCUUCCACUCACUACAACAUCCAAAGAAUCAAGGCAGCAGCAGUAUGAUCAACAUGUUAAAGGGCUGCGGCACUUCCACAUCUCAAGGCCAUUCUUUGGUGAGAUGAAGGUAGUGGAGGUGCCACCUUUUGCAGAAUCCAUCACUGAGGGAGACAUCAGGUGGAUCAAGGCGGUGGGUGACAGUGUGCGGGAGGAUGAAGCUGUGGCAGAAGUGGAGACUGACAAGACUUCCAUGCCAGUGAACUCCCCUUGCUCUGGGGUCAUUAAGGAGCUGUUGGUGGAGGAUGGAGCCACCGUCACCCCUGGCAUGCACAUCUGCAAGGUGGAGGCUGGGGCUGUAGCUGAUGCCCCUGCUAAGGAGACUCCUAAGGCUGCUGAGGCUCCAGCCACUCCUCCUCCAGCUGCUGCUGCUGCUCCUGCCCCUACUGCUGCACCUGCACCACCAGCUGCCACCCCUGCUGCUCCUGGACCCAUGCCAAAAACUGCUCCCCCAGCAACCCCACCACCUUCUGCCCCAAUGUCAUCUAUACCAGUGGCAGCCAUCAAGCAUUCCUCCUUCAUACAUCAGGCUGAAGUGAAGGUACCACCAGCAGAUUACAGCAAGGAAAUCAGCGGGACUCGUACUGAGCAGCGCGUAAAGAUGACCAGGAUGAGGCAGCGCAUUGCACAACGGCUGAAGGACGCCCAGAAUACCAAUGCUAUGUUGACCACAUUUAAUGAGCUGGACAUGAGCAACAUUAUGGAACUGAGGAAGAGCAUCGGCGAGCAGUUUGUGAAGAAGCACGGAAUUAAGUUGGGCUUUAUGUCAGCAUUUGUGAAGGCAUCAGCGUAUGCCUUGACGCAGCAGCCAACUGUCAACGCUGUGAUAGAUGGUGGCGAGAUUGUGUACCGUGACUAUGUGGAUAUCUCAGUAGCAGUGGCCACCCCUAAGGGGCUGGUGGUGCCGGUGAUCCGCAGUGUGGAGGCCAUGAACUACCUGGAUGUGGAGAAGACCAUCAUUGAUCUGGGAGAGAAGGCCCGCACCGGCUCACUGGCUGUGGAGGACAUGGACGGCGGCACCUUCACCAUUAGCAACGGUGGGGUGUUUGGCUCCCUCUUUGGCACUCCCAUCAUCAAUCCUCCACAGUCUGCCAUCCUUGGCAUGCAUGGAAUAUUUGACCGUCCUGUGGCAAGGAAUGGGCAGAUUGUCAUCAGACCCAUGAUGUACAUUGCCCUCACCUAUGACCACAGACUCAUUGAUGGCAGGGAGGCUGUCACUUUCUUGCGCAAGGUCAAGCAGGCAGUUGAGGACCCGAGGAUUAUGCUUUGUGGACUUUAAUUUAGUACAUUAUAUCUUCAGUAAAGGUGAACAAAUUAACAUGGUUACCCAGCAAACUUUGACAUGAAAUUUUUUCCUACAUGAUUUUAAAGUCAAAGAAAACAACAUAUUACUGAUGAUUAUGGCUUACUUUUCUUGUUAUACUACUUUCAAUACUUUAGCACAAUAUUGAUGUUUUACAUUGUUAUGAUAUCAUUGAGCUGAACAGUGUUUGUUUUGAUUGAACUUACAAAUUGAUAAUUUUAGUAGAAAAUCAUAAACAUUUUUAGGAUAUUUGUUGCAGAGUUUUUAGAGACAGGCUAAGGUCCCUUGUUUGUAGAACUUAUUGUACAUCUUGUACAUACUUGUAAUAUAUGCCUGUAUAUCUUAA